UUUUUUUUUGCUUUCGUAGAGUCUUCUCUACAGAGGGCUUUCGGUCCAAUUCCACGCAAAGCUUUCUGCGACAAGAUGGCGGCUUACGCACCGCAGACGCAAAUCGCGGCGCCGCAAGAUAUCGAAGCGAAUGAAGAACAAUUGGAGAAGCGCCAGCCAUCUGCAAUUGCGCAAUGGUUCAAGGAGACCCUGGACACCAACCAUGAAUGCGUGGUCCUGUUUUAUUUCCAUGCAGACAGGUAUAUAGGUCCUCUUGCCCCGCCUCAAGGCAUCGCUGACAGCAGCGAAGGAAACACCGUCUUCCUCGGUCUGGGCGCUUCCGGACAGCCGUUCACCAAACCAUACGGAUGGUUGAAAUCUCUCGUCUCGAUCAGUUCUUUCUUCUGCGGCGCAUUCACCUUCAGCCAUGCGACACGUCGCGCGGGACCCCGUUUGCGUGGAACACUGUUCGCCUCGUUCCUGGUUCAGUGUAUCUUCAUCAUGAUCGCAGCCGGUCUCAUUGAAGGCGACCUUAUCCCUCACACAAUCAACGACUUGUCCCUGACGAGCGGCCGUCUCUUCCUCGAGCUAAUCCCCUUGUUCCUUCUCGCAUUCCAGUUUGGUGGCCAGUUGGCUGCGAGUCGAGGAAUGGGAUUCAACGAAAUACCUACGGUCGUUCUGACGAGCGUCUACUUUGAUAUUGCGACCGAUCCAGCUCUAACUGCGCCGCCGACGCAGAACGUCAAGCGCAACCGACGUAUUGGAUCUGUGACGGGCAUUCUGGUAGGAGCUAUUGCGGCGGGCUGGCUCAGCCGGAGUAGCGGCGGCAUGCAGAGCGCGCUGUGGAUCGCGGGAGGAUUGAAGUUUUGCAUUGCGAUUGCUUGGUUAUUCUGGAAGCCGAUCGUAGAGAAGAAGUGAUCUGGUCCGUUCUAUAUAAUGAUGAUAAGAAAAGCGUGUAGGGGGUUGGUAUAGACAAAACACUAGAGCGACGUCUGCAGGGUCGCAGGGCUGAGGUAGUCUCUUGGCAUCAGCAUGAUCUGAUUUUCAUGGCAGUAGCAUUUACAGGCAGAAGAUAUUAUUACAGUAUCAUAGAAUCAUAGA